AGUCCGGCUACACGAGUAUAGCGCGGAGUCCGAUCAUCAGUCCACAUCGAACAGUCGUGCGAUACGUGUUGAGGUUCGUAGCGUGACGCUCCACUCCUGCGAGAUUGUUUCGGACGAUCAACAUGCCAAGAUCGCUGAUCCUGCUGCUAGAAUAGUGACACGUUCUCUUCGAUGAAGUUUGCCAUUUUCGUUCCGAUCUGUGAUUUGUUUACGUCGUUUUAGUUUUACAAUUUUUUUGCCAUUAUGGAUACCCCCACCGAGAUGGAUUUUGCCCCAAGCCAACUCGAUAUCCCCACCGCGUCAGAAGAAAUCACUGGCAGCUGUUCCCUCAAUAUGAUGAAGGAGGAGAUUCAAGGACGUAGAUCUCGAACUAAGAAGAUGUGGAUCCACAAUUCCCUCAUUCUUCUCGCGAUACUCAUCCUAUCCUGUUCACCAGCAGUGGCAGGAAUAGGCUGCCCAGCUAGUUGCAAAUGCAACGAUGAAAUAUACGUAGUAGAGUGCGAAGGAAGUAAAUUAGACGUUUUACCGAUAGCCCUAAACCCUGCAUUGCAAAGGUUGGAUUUGAGGAACAACAAAAUAAAAUCCGUCGACGAGGCCUUCCAGUUCUACAAAGACCUGGUGUACGUAGAUCUUUCGUUCAACCACUUCGUCAGCAUCCAACCAAACAGCUUCAUCUACCAGGAGAAACUCAAGGAACUCUACCUGAACAGGAACAAAUUGUCUGCGAUCACCAACAAAACAUUCAAUGGAUUAGUUUCUUUGACUGUACUCAACUUAAGAGAAAACUACAUUGAAGAACUCAAUGCCAGCCUGUUUUCUGGGUUGAAGAUGUUGGAAGAGUUGAAUCUAGGCAAGAACAGAAUAUCUAGGAUAGAUAAGAACGCUUUCGAAGGUUUAAUCUCACUGAGAGUACUCUACCUGGAUGAUAAUAUGUUAAGUACAGUACCUACAGAAUCUUUCGGUGUCUUAGGAAGCCUUGCAGAGCUUCACAUAGGAUUAAAUGCUGUGGCCAGUCUUCCAGACGAUGCCUUCAAAGGCCUAUCUACCCUCUCCCUACUAGAUUUAGGUAUGGCAGGCUUGGCAAACAUCAGUGUUAACGCCUUCAGAGGUUUAAACGGCCUGAGAACUCUAAAUUUGGCUGGAAAUAGGCUGCAAACAGUACCAACCAAACAAUUAUCGCAUCUACAACGAUUAGAAGAUCUCAUGAUUGGUCAGAACGAAUUCGUCACCAUCGGUAAAGAUUCCUUCAAAGGCCUCAUCAAUUUGAAAAAAUUAGAUAUAACUAGUGCCAGUAAUUUGGUGACUAUAGAGAAAGACGCCUUCGCUGAAAAUUUGAAUUUGGAGACUAUAGUACUAGCGAGUAACAAGAAAUUAGAACAUAUCGAAGACGGUGCUUUUGUUGGUUUGCCCAACCUGAAACACCUAAUAUUGAGGGGUAACUCCUUCAAAAGUUUCUCCGAAGGCAUGGCCUCUUGGAGUGAACUGAGAACGUUAGAAGUGACCGAUCAUCACAUAAAAUGCGACUGUAGUUUAUUGUGGUUGGGCAAUUUGAUGGCUUUGAAGAACAUCAGUAAUGUCCAGUGUUCAUCGCCACCCCAUCUUCGAGAACGCUAUCUGAAAACACUGAGCAGCGUAGACUUGGAUUGUUCUUUCGUAGAUCCAAGACAAACAGCCAUCCUGAUAUCCCUAAUGACCGGUUCAGUGAUAUUGAUGGGGGGCUUAGGGUUGUUUCUUUUUCGUUACCGGCAAAGGGUUAGGGAAGCUCUCAAGGAUUAUAAGUGGAACAAGAGGGCCAUCAGCAGGAAGGAGCACGAGUACCAAAAGACCUUUUCUGAUGAUGAUUAUAUUAUCAGAGCUCAGCACCAUAAUGUUAAGCCUAUACCGGUGACAGAAUUGUAGCUAGAACUAAGCGCGCCACCUUCUGGAGUUUUUUGUGUCGAUAACAGUGCGGAGGGUAGGCGUGCGGGUGUGAUGAGAGAACAGAGAGGGCCAGGGGGUACACUUCCCGCUAGUGGAUUCACCUAUAUGGCUGGAGAUAGCUGCAGGGCACACUCGAUGAGGUCCCUCGACAAGAAUGCUGCAAGGAACGGUUUUCCCCUAUGUCACAGAGAAGUAGUUUACCAGCACUAGCACAGGGGAAAGGGGCAAGCUUCCACAGCUGACCCCUCGAGCAUGAAAGAAGCUGAAUUCUGACCAAACAAAAAGUUUUUUCGACGUCAACUGAAUGCUAUAAAAGUCAGAUCAGCCCCUUACACCGAACACUGCUAUUUCCUGGUGAGAAACCCUUGAUAAGGACUGAAGAUAUGCACCAGCAAUAAUGAAUCCAUUCCAGACAAAUGUGAUUUUUGUACGAAAUUUAAGAGACUGUAUAUAGAACUCCCAGAAGUUAUUACUUAUAUUUUUCUCAAUGACCUUCUAGUGACACUGUUCGAAAACAUAGCUCACAUUCAUUUCUCAUCACCAGAAACUUUAAUCGUUUACGUUUUUUAGAGUUUGACUUUUCGUUACUGAAUUAAAUUCAAAUAUUUCUAAGAAAACAUGUUUUAAUUGAAUCGUUCAGCCUAUGUUGCAUUUUAAUAGGGAGAACUUCAUAUGAGAGAAUCUGCUUCAUUAUUUCUGGAAUGAAGGGGGUAAAAAUCUCUUUUUUGAUGAAUGUGGUCUUAUUGUUUUCAAUAUAUCGGGUUAUUAGGAGAGCAGAAGACAUUUAACCAAUUGGAAAAAGUGUAUGGAUUAAAAUAUUCAACGAUGAUAAUGCAAUAAUUGUAUGCGCCAUCGUUUACACCAAUUGUGCGAGAAAAAAGAUUUUGUAUUUUCGAAUUUAGUUGAAAAUAUUCAAAUCGUUUUGUAAAUAAUAUGUAACUAUGCAAUAUUUCUAUAAAAAACUGUAAAUAUUUCACUGUCUAAAAGAAUGUAAAAAUUAUAAUUUAUUUUCGAAAACUUGAAUACAAUGAAAUUCAUUAGAAAUAUUGCAUUCCAGAAUAUUUUGUUUUUUGUGGUUGUGAUCCAUCAUAUUAUACCAGAUAUUAUUAUACGCAGAUGUGAGAGACUGUAUUAUUCAUCAAAUUAUCUAGUGCAGCUGUAAAAAGCACAUUUUUUAAGCUAGUCAUAAAAUGGAGCAAGAAUGAGCAUUUUGUAUUGAAUCUUUGUUUUCUAAUGAAUACAUCGUGUAAUUUUACUAUUUAUAUUUUGUAAAUAUCGAAGAUAUAUAUGAGUGAAGCGUUUUGUACAUAUAAAUUUAAUCUUAAUUAUCAUAUUUACAAUAAACCACUUCCAGUCUC